AUGACGCCUAUUCGCUUCGUCACUAUUUUUAUUGCAUUGAUAUCAUUAUGUUUGUCCCAAGAGUUGCACCCAAUGGCCUCUGCAUCAGAUGUUGCCGGGUCUUCAACAGGCAGUAACAACGAUGACCCUUCAAACCGCGACGAAUCGUCCAAGGCCACACGAGCAACUCCGGCCAGCACAGUCGAUGCCAAAUACAUCAUCUGGGCCAGAGAAGGUAUCUUAAAAGAAGAUGCCGACAGCUUCUACAAUACUCUUGUAGGCAUAGUUGGAAACAAAGACGAGCUCAGCAAGGUUAGAGCGGAUGGCGUUGUCGACAGAGUUGAAGCCGAUGUGCAACUUCGUGUUGAAAGGCCUGGUGGUACUGCCGCCAUUAGAAAACGAGAUAACGUUCAGCGGCGCCCUAGCGAUGACAGGCCUAUAAUCGACCUUCGAAUGCUUUCAACGCCGCCGCAGACUCCGCUUCUCGAUUACUAUGCCUACGACGAUAGCGCUGGCGAGGGGAUAACCAUUUACAUGAUCGAUAGCGGCCCGUUCGGCUUCGAGCAUUCUGAGCUUCAGCCCAUGGAUUCAUCUAUCACCCGCGAGAAUAUCGACGUAAUGGAUCGCCCUGAGCUAAUUGAUGAUAACUCCUAUCAUGGCACCUGUGUAGUUUCAAAGGCUGUUGGCAAUAAGGUUGGCGUAGCCAGGCGAGCCAACCUCAUUACAAUCCGCAUAGAUAUCACACCCGGCAAAUUUCGCUUCAUUAAAGCCUGGGAAACUAUCCGCGACGACAUCAAGAGCAAGGGUCUGCAAGGAAAGGCCGUUGUUUCAUCCUCGGCUGUGUUUGUAGCAACGAACGACCUCGAAUACAACCGGAAAACACUUUUCGAGUUGCAAGAUUUAGUGCAAUCGAUUACCGAGAUGGAUGUGCCUGUCAUCUGCCCGGCCGGUAACAGUGCUGACAAACCCAAAGGGUCUAUCGAACCAAAUACUCUCCCAGCAGUGCUGGCCGAGCGGCUGCCCGUCAUCGUGGUUGGCUCGGCUGCCGUCGGCGGGACUAUGUCCAGGUUCAGCCAGCGCGGGAGAUUGUUGACUACUUGGGCGGUUGGAGAAGAGAUCCAGUGCGCUAAUAGAGAAAGCGAAAACGGCCUUCUUACUACAGAGGGCACUUCAGUUGCCGCUCCCCAAAUAGCAGGUCUUGCGGCUUACUUCAUGUCGCAUCCGAAAUUCCGCCUUCAGUUAAGGCCAGGCACAGUAGCAAAGGACAUGCAGAGCCUAAUACGCAGGUACUCGCACCCGCGUGCCCGAGCCUUUCACUACCCAGGUAUAGCCUGGAACGGAUUCAAACCGGCGUAA